CAGCCUCAAACCAAAAAACAUCAAAACCAAAAAAAAAAGAGAGAAAUGGAUCGUAGAAGCGCGUUUGCUGUUGCUUUGAUUUGCAUUGUGGUGGCUGGUGUCGGUGGUCAAUCUCCUACUGCUGCACCCACUAAAGCUCCUCCGGCGGCAACUACGCCUACUACUGCUCCCGCUACAGCUCCUGCGAGCAAACCUAAAUCACCAGCUCCUACCACUGCUCCAACUUCUUCACCGCCAACUUCUUCACCACCAACUUCUUCACCACCAACUUCGUCCCCACCGGCUGCGGCUCCGGAGAAAUCCGCGGCGGUUCCGGCUCCAUCUAAAUCUGCUCCGGUUUCUUCCCCUCCUGCUGCUACUCCAGUAAGUUCGCCACCGGCUCCAGUUCCUGUGAGCUCCACUCCCGCUGCUGCACCAGCAACUCCUCCAGAGAGCUCCGCUUCUCCUCCGGCUCCUGUUGCUGCACCGACAACUGCUGAGGUUCCUGCACCGACAACUGUUGAGGUUCCUGCACCAGCUCCAAGCAAGAGCAAGAGCAAGAAGAAGUCUAAGAAACAGAAUGCUCCCGCUCCUUCACCUGGUUUGCUUGGACCUCCCGCCCCACCUACAGAAGCUCCUGGACCAAGCCAAGACGCUUCCUCUCCCGGCCCUUCCGUGGCUGCCGAUGAGAGUGGAGCAGGGGCAAUCAAGAGCAUGCAGAAGAUAAUUGGAGGAUUGGCAUUGGGAUGGGCAGCCAUUGCAUUGAUCUUCUAGAGAGAGCUUUGGAUUUGGUGUUAUUUAUUUUAUUUAUUUCGUUUUUUUUUAAUUCUACUAUGUCUCACAUUUGAUAUAUAUUUAUUUUACUUCAUUUGUUUCCGUUUAAAUACUACUUGCUUAGUGGUGUGGUUUUAUCUUGUUGGAGAUUGUACCACAUUUGCUUUGUAAUUCUUUUGGGGAAAGCUUGAGAGGGGGAGACUCUAGUUCUUUUCUUUUCUUUUCUUUUUUUUUUGUAAUUCCGCUACUUUAUUCCUUUUGGACUAUUUGUUUCUAGGAUGCUUUUUCUGUCUUUCUUCCAUUCCCAUUUAGAUUUUCCUUUUAAACGUUGGCUUACUGUUCGUUA